UGAACGUUCAUUCCUUGUACAUAUACAUUCUAAAUGCUUGCCGGGUGUGUGGCUGGAAAUGCACGCCUAUGGCGUAAGCCCUUGGAUUAAACAUCUGACAGAGUAGGUCUUGGCCUGGCAGAGUUCAGUUGUCCUAGGGGCCAGGCACGAAUUGAUGUGGGCAGAGCCAGUGUGUCCAAGAGUAUUGGGCAAGGGCUGCUGCAGAAGAGUGAAAUGUGCUGGAGAGCUGCUGGCCACCGAAUGUCCCCAAACCCGGGAGUUAGAGGUCAAUAGAGGAGAGAAGUCAGACUGCUGGAGAGGCCUCAGGCAGCACAGCGCAGCAGCGCCUGAUACAAGAUGGGGUCCCAGGUCUCCGUGGACACAGGAGCUCUGCAUGUGGUGAUCGUGGGCGGGGGCUUCGGUGGCAUCGCGGCUGCCAGCCAGCUGCAGGCACUAAAUGUGCCCUUCACGCUGGUGGACAUGAAGGACUCCUUCCACCACAACGUAGCAUCGCUCCGGGCCUCUGUGGAGAGUGGGUUUGCCAAAAAGACUUUCAUUUCCUAUUCUGUGACCUUCAAGGACAACUUCCGGCAGGGCCAGGUGGUUGGGAUAGAUCUGAAGAAUCAGACGGUGCUGCUGCAGGGUGGUGAGGCCCUGCCCUUCUCACAUCUCAUCCUGGCCACAGGGAGCACCGGGCCCUUCCCCGGCAAAUUUAAUAAGGUUUGCUGCCAGCAGGCCGCCAUCCAGGCCUAUGAGGACAUGGUGACACAGGUGCAGCGCUCAGAGUUCGUUGUGGUGGUGGGAGGAGGCUCUGCCGGAGUGGAGAUGGCAGCCGAGAUCAAAACAGACUACCCACAGAAAGGGGUCACCCUUAUUCAUUCCCAAGUACCCCUGGCUGACAAGGAGCUCCUGCCCUCUGUGCGUCAGGAAGUGAAGGAGAUCCUCCUCCGGAAGGGCGUGCACCUGCUGCUGGGUGAGCGGGUGAGCAACCUGGAGGAGCUGCCUCUCAAUGAGUACCGGGACUACAUCAAAGUGCAGACGGACAAGGGCACCGAGGUGGCCACCAACCUGGUGAUUCCCUGCAUUGGCAUCAAGAUCAACAGCUCUGCCUAUCGCAGUGCUUUUGAGGGCAGACUGGCCAGCAAUGGGGCUCUGAGAGUGAACGAGUUCCUCCAGGUGGAGGGCCACAGCAACAUCUACGCCAUUGGCGACUGUGCUGACCUAAAGGAGCCCAAGAUGGCCUAUCACGCGGGCCUCCAUGCCAAUGUCGCUGUGGCCAACAUCGUCAAUUGCUUGAAGCAGAGGCCCCUUAAGAUCUACAAGCCAGGUGCGCUGACAUUUCUCCUGUCCAUGGGUAGAAAUGACGGCGUGGGCCAGAUCAGUGGCUUCUACGUGGGUCGGCUCAUGGUUCGGCUGGCCAAGAGCAGGGACCUGUUCGUCUCCACAAGCUGGAAAACCAUGAGACAGUCUCCACCCUGACGGGGAGGCUGGGUGGGAGACCUGGCACCAGCGCAUGGGUGACAGAUGUUUGACAAGAGGACCAUCUGACUUGUACCAAAGGACAGAAGUGCAAAGCCUCUUUCUUUCUCUGGAGAGAUGCGUUGGUGAUACCCUGUCUGGAAAUAUAACCUGUGUAAAUCCAAAAAGGAGCAGGAGAGUGAGACUAUGAGAGCAAAA